AUGGGUAAAGAAGCUAAAGGAAAGAGAGGCGGAGAGAACUCAGCUGAGAACUCAAAGCCUAUAACGUCGGACUCCAGAUUUUCAUCUGUGCACAAUGAUCCAAGAUUUCGUUUACCAAAUGUUAAAAGCUUCAAAGUUAAGGUUGAUGAUAGAUUCAGCAAGAAGGAGCUUAGUAAAUUGAACGUUGGUGCUACCGGUAAGAGUGUCAAAAUUGAUAGAUAUGGUAGAAAGUUGAAGGAUGAUAAGAAGGGUAAGGAUUUUGAUAAGUAUUAUGAAGAAGAAUCUGGGGAUGAAGAAUCUGAAGAAUCUGAAGAUGAAGAUAUUGUUGAAGAAAAGGUAUCCAAGGUAGCUGGUGAAUCCGGAUCUGAAUCUGAGUCUGAAUCCGAAUCUGAAUCUGAGGUCGAAGCUGCAGUUGAAGGUUUGGACCGUGCUAGAGGAGAAGGCUUGAAAUCAUCUGACGAUGAUGCUUCUUCUUCCGAUUCAGAUUCCGAAUCUGAAAUUGAAUUCGAAGAAGAAGAAUCUGAAAUAGAACUUGAAGAAGGUAAACCAGAAGAAGGUGAUCCUUCAAGUGGUUUUGCUGUUGUUAACAUGGAUUGGGACAAUCUUAGAGCUGUUGAUUUGAUGGCUACAUUUAUUUCGUUUGUACCAGCUGGGGGUAAAAUUUUGUCGAUUAACAUUUAUCCAUCUGAAUUUGGUAAGGAACAGAUGCAAAAGGAAGAAGUGGAAGGACCUCCAAGAGAUCUUUUCAAAAAGAAGAGUGCUCAAAAGGUUGAAGAAAUUGAAGAGUCUGAUUCUGAUUCUGAUUCAGAACUCGAUGUCAAUAAUCCUGAAGAUUUGAAGAGAGCUGCCAAGAAGUUGUAUGAAGAAGACGAUGGAGAAGUUGACUAUGAUAGUAAAGCCUUGCGUAGAUACCAAUUGCAAAGAUUGAGAUAUUUUUAUGCAGUUGUCAAGUGUGACUCUGUGAGUACUGCCAAGAAUAUCUAUGAUAGUUGUGAUGGAUCUGAAUUUGAAUCCACUGCCAAUAUUUUCGAUUUGAGAUAUGUUCCUGAAGGAAUGGAAUUUGAUGAAAGUGAAGCUAAGGACACUUGUACUAAGAUUCCAUCUAAUUAUAAGCCAAACUCCACCUUUGUCACAGAUGCCUUACAACAUUCUAAGGUUAAAUUGACUUGGGAUGAAACUCCAAAGGAAAGACUCACAUUAGCUUCUAAAUCAUUUUCUCAGAAGGAAAUUGAUGAAAUGGACUUUAAAGCCUAUUUAGCUUCUGAUAGUGAUGGAAGUGAUGGUGAAGAGGAAUCUUCUGACAUGAAGAACAAAUACCAAAACUUAUUAGGAGGUAAGUUCAAGAGUGUUAAGAACCCAGAAGAUGAUGAAGGAGCUGUUGAUAUGGAAAUCACUUUCAACCCUGGUCUUGAUGAACAAGCUGCUAAGAAGCAAGCUGAAGCUGAACAAGAAGAAUCUACCAUCGCCGCAUAUAAACGUAAAGAAAAGGAACGUCGUAAGAAGAGACUUGAAAAGUUCAAGAGUCAAAAUGAAGAUGAAAAUGAAGGAGAAGAAGACCAAGCUCAACAAGGAAAGGGUGCUAAAAAUAAUAAGAACAAUAAGAAGAAUAAUAAUAAGAAGAAGGGAUUAGAAAUUGACGAGAAGUCCAAGGCUGAAUUGGAGCUUGUGAUGAUGAAUGAAGAUGAUGAUGACCAUAAGCAUUUUAGUAUGAAGGAUGUUAUCAAGGCUGAAAAGCAAAAAAAUAGAAAGAAUGGUAAAGGUAAAAAGCGUAACAUUGACGAAGAAAUGGUUCAAGACAAUUUUGUUCCUGAUUUGAAUGAUUCUCGUUUUAAUGAAGUCUUUGAAAACCAUGACUUUGCCAUUGAUCCUACAAAUAGUGAGUUUAAGAAAACUAAUACUAUGAAACAAAUUUUGAACGAAAGAUCAAAGAGAAGAAAGGUUCCUGUCACGGGAAAGAAGAAUUCAGGUAAGGGAGGAUCUGGUGCUCCAAUCAGCUCCUUGGUAGACAAGAUUAAGAAGAAGCACCAAAAAUAG